GUCUUAAAACAGUGAUAGGUGAACUCCCUCCAGCCUCGUCCUCGCUGGCAGCUAAUAUAGCAAAGAGAAUAACAGGAAGACUGACAGCCGCAGUUUUGAAGGUGAUUUAAAUAAUGCAGAUAACUUCAGUAAAAUUCAAAACAGUCAUAUUUUCUUGCCAUCUAGUUUGUGUCACAUGAUUGUAUUUUUGCUGUAGAGUGCUGAUGUGUCUGUACAAUUGGAAGCCUUGGAUAUCUUGGGUGAUCUUCUAAGUAAAUAUGGCGGUAAGAACUAAAACUAUUCCACACCUUUUUACCAAUUUGCCAUGAUAAUAACCGAUAAUGGUUGUAUAUUCUGAAUGAUUUCAACAUGAUAACAUGCACAACCCACUAUAUUGGAAAAUUAAAAUUUAUUUUUCUUGUGUGGGGUUGGUUGUACAAAGACCAUAGAGCACUAAUUUCACUGGAGUGAUGAAUUAAGGUUAGCAAGCUUUCAUUGGUACUAGGGAUGCAACUACCUGAAAAAUAUAAGGAGAAUUUUGACGUUUCAAGCGAAGGCCCUUCGUCUAGUGUUACUAGUAUUAAUAGUGUCACUAGCGACCCACACUGGUAAUACUAGUAACACUAGUACCAUCAGUAGCAAUAGUAACACUAGUAAACAUAGGUAAUAGCAUGGUUUCGAUUGCAAUUUGGAUAUAAUAUGCACGAGUGAGUUUUUCCAGGUCUUAAAAUAUCGGUCGGUCACGGACAUUGUCCGAGCCAUUCGUCAAAUUGUCCGACAUAGAGAGGAAACCACCGGACAUUCUGUCCGACCUAAUUGAAGCUGAGGUUUAUGGUUUGUCCGACCCGAGUGAAUCGUUGUCCGACCGAACUGUAGCUUUGUCCGACGCUUUCUCCACGUACGUAAAUCAAAAUGUACUCUAGUCCAGGACUACAGUAGAGGCUCGUAUGUUAUAAUGGAGAACCAGAGUAUUGUACAAAAAUGGACCGGAAAUGUUGGUUUUAAUAAUGUCAUCGAGCCCGGGGCGGCGAGCGAAAUGGUGAAGUGGAAAACGGGCUUAACUAAUUGUUGAAGUCGUACUGCUAUUAUUGGCAAGCAAGUUAAUAUUGGCUUGGAAAUAAGUAUGAAUGACACAUUUUAUUUAAUAUAUUCACAACAUUUAGUUCAGAAUUAAUACAUUGUGCUGAUAUUAAAUAAUAAUUUGCGUCAUUCAGACUUAUUUCCGAGCCAAACUGAACUGAAGGUCAUCGGACAUCAUCAUACAUAUGUCCGACCCAAACUCAAAGUCAUUGGACAUUUUGUCAGACGGUCCUGUAAAAUAUAUUUUAAGGCCUGUUUUCAAAGACCUAGUGAAAAUAUCGCUCACGUGACUUUCAGUAUUUAUGCUAUUUUUUGCUUGGGACUAUAUAAUAAACAGAACAUUACACGGUGGCUUGAAGAUAUGACUUUUAUCUUCUCGUGUUAAAAACAAUAUUUUACUUAUUUGCUGCCCUUGUUCGUAAAACAUGUUUUCACCACUCGAAGAUAAAUAGAGAUUACUUCAUGGUUGAUGAGCGCGUACGAUUUUUAUUCACGAGUGGAUUAUUACAAGUGAACGAGUGAGCGCAGCGAACGAGUGAACUUGUAAUAAUUCACGAGUGAAUAAAAAUCGUAUUCGCGAACCAACCAUGAUGUUAUUUGUUUAUUAUAUAAGUACUGAGAUUUCAUUCACGAUGACAAAGUUUUAAAUUUUAAUGUUAUUAAUUUCUAUGUAUUUAAAGAUUUCAAAGUUUUUGAUGCCUUCUUAAAAUGCUAAAUCGUUGAUAAUGCUUGCAGCCGGGCAGUUUUUUCUUAAGAUGUCGUUUGACGAUUGCUAAUAGACUUCGGAGAGAAGAUGACUCGUAUAUUCUUUCCCGUCUUUGGUUAUGACCGAAUUGAUAAACUCAGCCGGACAGUACUCGUUCAGUUCUGCUGUCGGAAUAUCUUCCAUUUUUCUUUCUUCAUUCUUUGUUUCCAAAAACAAGUGUAAUGCAGUUAUCUGUAAUAGUUUUACAUCUCGUUCGGUUUUUUGUGAGGUACGAGCUUUAUUUUCUUGUUCUGAAAUAAAAUUGUCAACAGAAACGGCGUCCGUAAAUCACGCAGCCAUUUUGAUUUUCAAAUUGAAAUAGGUUUCGCGCCAAAAAACGUAUUUUCCAGUACGAUUAUUUUUCACUAGUGAAAAAACAUCGUUCGUCCAAUCAGACGGCGCGAACGAUGUUGGUUCACUAGUGAAAUUUCAUCGUUCGCGUCGCUGAUUGGCUGUGGCAAAAUCCCGUACGAUUAUUACGCAAUGCCAUUUUAAUGAAUAAAUCUCAGUACUUAUAUAAUAAAAGUCAUAUCUUCGCGCCGCCGUGUAAUAUCCUCUAUCUAUAUUAUUACACUAGUGACACUCAGUAACACUAGUAACUCCAGUAACACUGGUAACAUAACUUGAUAUUUGAAUAUUGGAUGAUCUAGUGAUAAAAUUUAACAAGGCAGUAAGCGACUAUUCACACAUAACUAUAUUUUUCCACACAAAGUAAGUACAGUAUAAGCACGUGUUCCGAAAUCUAAAACUGUUUGUGAGUUAUUCAUUUACUCAGCUAUGGCAAAAUGCGUCGGAUACACGGCGAAUUUGCUACAAAAUGUUCUGAACCGCCGGUAAAAUUCGCCGUUCGCCAACCUAGUCCUAAAUCUGAAACACUGCUAAACACUGCACUAUAUUGCUAACAUUAUAGCGUACUGUAAAUUUUUCAUUUUUUUUCAGGUUUAUUAGUUUCGUAUCAUCAGUCAAUUGAACAAUCUUUAUUUGCGCAACUGAAGAGUCCUAGAUUGGCUGUGAGGAAAAGAGCUAUCAUUGCCUUAGGUAAGAAUAACCGGUUAAGUGAGUUAAGUGAGUUUUUCAAAAACUUCGUGAGUUUUUCAAAGACUUCAAAUUGCAACUCGUCCUUUGGACUCGUGCAAUUUUGAUCGACCAAAUUGCACUCGAAUUUAAUUAUUAUUUCUAUUUAUUGGAAAAUGAGAAAAAUGUAGAUCAUAUGAACCAACGAAAAAUAUCUUUGUAUGGUUCAGUUGAAGAACGUUUUAUACAAUAAAUUUAUCGACAGUCACCUUUGGUUCAUUUUCUUGCAUAAUACUACUUCUUGCACAUGUAGAUUGUAAUUAUUUCUAGUUUUUAGGUUGUCACAUUCAUUAUUUCGCUUUCAUUUUCACAGAAAAAUUUUCACAGAAAAGGCAAAACAUCGAAAUCGCUCCUUGUCGCUUUCCAUUUUGGGCUUUUGACAACCAUCGGAACACGUGGCACCACUGAAAAGUUAGCCUGACCACAGUGGAACCCGCGACGUUUGGCGGUUUGGGAUACUAGUCCAGGGUUCGAUUCCCACCGUGGUUCAGCCUGCCCGGUGUGGAUAUACACUCAGAGUAACAUCAAAAACAUUAUAUUCACCUGAGUACAUAACAUCACACAAAAAAUAUCAUGAUCAUAAGAACACAUUGGUAUCGAAGGUACUAGACUUAGUUCCGAAAUACCACACACUCGAACAGACUUGACCUCGUAGCUCAGUUGGCAGAGCAUUGGACUAGUAUCCCAAAGGUCGCGGGUUUCCCACCGUGGUCAGGCUAAAUUUACAGCCUGCCCGGUGUGGAUAUACACUCAGAGUAACAUCAAAAGCAUUAUAUUCACCUGAGUACAUAACAUCAAAACACACACACACAAGAAACCAAAAAACUUGACGCCACGUUCGCAAGGCAAAUUUCAGUAAGAUUGACGCAUGCGCAGACGUUUUAUCGCGGUGUUCUCUGAGGAUGGUUCCGAAACAAGAUUCAAUAGUAAUAUUUCGAAUUUAUUACAAAUUCAUUAGUGAACAGUUUAUAACUGAUAGAGAGAGGUAUUCAGUGUAAUUUAUAUGUCCUCCUGUGGUAAAAUUUGACUGGGGUGGCCCUUAGGGAUCGGUCAUUAUUUAUGGGAGGGGGGCAAUGAGGAGAAACAAUCUCUUGGCCAAAUUUUUUAGUGACCCAACCACCCAACCCCAGUUUCUCCACCCAACCCCAGCGCUCAUUCAAAAAUUUUAGACCCACCCUAACUUAAUUUUGUCAAUUUACUUAUUUAAAAGCUAAAUUGACUUAUUUGAGUUUUUGAGAGAACAAAAAAGCCAACAAGUAUGAACUCUGUCAUGUCUUUAUCAUGACUGUUAUGGCAGGUUCAAAUGAAAUACUUUGCAAAUCGAUAUAUAAAGUAAAUUAUAUUUAUUCGAUCUUGAUAAAACAAAUAAUACAAAUAUUUUAGUAUUUUCUGACUUAAUGAUUUUUACUUUACCCACCCCUUGGCUUGGUGAAUUUUAAUUCAACCCACCCAUUUCCACCCAUAAAAUUUUGUUUAUCCACCCAUUUUCUCUUCAGGGCCCCCCUGGCCAUAAAUAAUGACCGGUCCCUUAUUGACCCUCUUCACAAUAAAAUUUCCAUAGAGUUUUGUUCACCCAAGUAACAAAUUACUUUAUAUACUUAUUAUUAUACAGGCUAUCUGGUCACGAGUGCUAACAGCAGUCUCUUUAUUGAACUUAUUGAUUCACUGGUUACUGAGCUGACGAAAAACGAAUCACAUUCUACAACCAGGACAUUUAUCCAAUGUCUGGGCUCUUUAUGGUAAGAAAAUUGUCAAAUAUCAUAAAUCAAGAAAUUUUCAGUAUACAUCGGUUGAUAGAAGUCUUUAUAGGACUUUGGCCAUAAAAAAUUAGUUUGUCUCAUUCAAAAGAACUCUAAUUAAACUCUAUUACCGAUUUGUCAUAUAUUGCUUAGUUCUCGAAAUAUUUAGACCGAAAUUAAUGAGCUGCCCGCCAUCUUGGACUAAUUUUUGACCUCAAUAACUAUGGUUUUGAUGACGUCAGGAGUUGGGUUAAUCAUAUAAAACUACUCUAAAAUGACCGAGUAACAAUCCAAAAUUGUUUGAAAUCAUUUCUACAUUUCAGACAGCAACCGGAAACGAAGUUUUGAACCCAUAUUGAUCGCUUACUCUCAAGAUAAAAAUUAGCCUGACCCCUCUCUUGAUGUAACAUGCAUAUCCUCAAUAAUCCAAGAUGGCGAACAGCCCGCUUUUUUUAGUCGAAAUAUUUUGAAAACUAAGCAAGAUAUAAUAUGUUAUAUAUGUGUUAUUUAUUUCCUUGGUGUAAACCUGUAUGCCAUAUAUGUUGUAGUCGUCAAGCUGGUCAUAGAUUUGGAGAACAUCUUGAAAGAGUCAUUCCACUGAUUGUAAAAUACGCUAAAAUUGAUGGAGAUGAUGAACUCAGAGAAUAUUGUAUUCAGGUGAGUUUUAGUGCACGGUUUGCACUUAAGUCGUUCAGGGACGGAUCUAGCCUCAUCUGCAAGGAGGGGUGCAGGUUUUUUAUGGCGUGGUGCAUGCAUGAGGGAGCCUUACUGCCCACUCUCUGUAGUUUGCAACGCUACUAUCCCAACAUUACCAUUAUUUGAGAUGGUCGAAUCUGCAAGUUUGUCGUUUUGUUACGUUAAAUUUACAUUAUCUCUUGUUUCUAAAGUUUAUUUCGGCUUUUUAUCACGUACAGUAUGCGUGACUGGACAGUUGCUGUAGCACAGCACAGUAUAUCAGUUAUAUAAGUACAGUAUAUAUUUGAAAAUAUAGCUGUAUAACAGCCUCGACAUGUUUAUAUAUUUAACCACGAUAUUUAACUACAGUAAAAAGCAUUCUGAGUAUUUUCUCGUGAGGUCACAAAUCAAUUAAUCAUUUCAAGAAAUCGACACGCGCUAACAGUAGAAGUUCCGUUACUCGCUCUUCGAAAAGCAGAAAAUGUAUGGUCAAGCAGAUUUUUUUAGGGUGGUGCUAGACUUCUCUAGGGGAGGGGGUACCAGACACCACUAGGUGGGGUACGCCCUCCCUCUGUACCUCCAUGGUAGUUCUAUAGGCCAUGUUUAAGUUAAAACUUUGUACUAUCCUUGGGAUCUCUGAGUUUGUUAUUAUUUUUUGAAACUUUUUGUGUUUUCCUAAAACGUGUACGUAGUUAUAUACAUAUUGUUAUUUGUUAAUCCUUUUUUCACGUACAAUUUCUUCAGGCUUUUGAGUCCUUUGUCAUUCGAUGUCCAAAAGAAGUGACUGCUCAUGUUUCCAAGGUAAUACUAGAGAGAGAGGAGCUUAUAGGUAGAGUGCCUCAAAUUUAGGUUUUACAGUGCAUUUAAUACAAUUUCCUACAGUAUGUCAUUGGUUCACAGUCACUGGUAUGCAGUUAUUUUCUUUAUGUUGAUUUCAGGUCACUUUCCAAAGCGCGAUUCCCGUUUUGUGAAAAUUUCCAAUUACGUUUCUAAAUUUGGAAGUUUUGGGCGUGGACCUUGCGAAGCCAACUUCACUUACAAAUUUUGGGGUUUAUGUUCAGUACUUCAGCACUUUAGUUUAAAGCAACUUGCAAAGUUGUCUUUGCAAUUUCCACGCCCAAUAUUCCAAAUUUAGAAACGUAAUUGGGAAUACUCCCAACAAACGUGGGAAUCGCGCUUUGAAAAGUGACCUAAAGUCGACAACAGAUGUCUGCCAAAUUUCUUUCAGAAAUGUAUCAUUUACAGUCUUGACUAUCUUUAAUGCAGAUUACAGAACUGUGUCUGGAGUUCAUAUGUUUUGAUCCAAACUACAACUAUGGCAGUGAUGAGGAGGAUGACGACAGCAUGGAUACCGAUGAUCAAGACGACGAUGAGGGGUAAUGAAGGAUACUUAAUGAGGGAUACAUAUGUAUCCCUGUAGAUUGUGCCUGAGAAAUAUUGUAAGCUGCUUGUAUGGAAACUUAAACAUUUGGCUAAUUUAUAGGUCUGACGAUGAAGAAUACAGCGACGAUGAUGACAUGAGUUGGAAAGUAAGAGUACUAUUAACUAUAGGAAAUCAAACCAACUUGAUACUAGAUAGCUCUAUUAGUUCUAAACUGUUCUCCCUAGAGAUCUAUAAGGGUCAAUUCUUAUUGGUCGAGUGUUACUGCAGGAGGAAACCUAAACUGUUUUCUCCAGAGAUCUAGUAAAGGUCAAUUCUUAUUGAUCCAGUGUUACUGCAGGAGGAACCUCAACUGUUUUCCCUAGAGAUCUAGUAAGAGACAUCCCUUACUUAACCAACAGACGAAAACUGGAUCUGUUCUGUUAAGCCGAAACAAAUUUAACUUUGCCAUUUGAAACUUUGCGAUUAUGUUCCUUUAGGUUCGUCGAGCAUCAGCAAAGUGUCUUGGCGCAGUACUGGGAUCACGACCUGAUCUUCUGACAGAAUUUUAUAAAACCGUUUCACCCGCUUUGAUUGGACGAUUUAAAGGUAUACGAAGAAACUUAAAUUCAACGAACUUCUAUUUAAAGAGAAAUUUAGCGCAAACGUUGAUUUUGUUUAUGUUUUGUUCAUUUGUUUCAUGAAUUGUUAAUGUAGGGGUGGAAAAAGUAUUUACUUCCUGGGCCCGACCACAAGGGAACACUGAAAUUUUUUGCAAAUAAUCAAGUACAGACCUUAAUGCAUGUUACCUAAAUUAGUUUUAUGUUAUAUACCUAAAAGUAUUAAGAUUCUCAGUGCACUGAAAGAAUUUUUUUCUGUUAAAAUAUAGCACGACGUUCAGUUUCAGAGUUACAGUAUCCGACUAAGAGGCACUAUCAUGAGGAUCCAUGCUCCCCCAGAAAAUUUUGAGAAUCAGGUGUCCCAGAUUGGCUAAAAAUGCAUUUGCCAUACAACAAUUGUCACACCAUUUUAUAGUCUAAUACAUUUAUACACUAUUGCACUAUUGUAUUAAAAUGGGUACACUUACAGUAUAGUAUUGCAUUUUUUAGGUCAUACAUUUUUUGGAUGAAUGGUCGUCCAAUGGUCGUCCCGUAGUCCAAUUAGCCUUAAGAGAUCACAGUGCAUUCUGCGAUCGUUUGGAGGGACAAAAUAUAUGGUGACAAAUAUGUGAAAGAGUGGAAGUAUCUACUAUCAAAUAUCGACUUUUUAGACGACCAAAAGUGAAAUAUCUCCUUUUUACAUUAAAUUUUUAAUUUAAAUGUGUGCUGCCAUAUUUCUUGUCCCUCCAACAUGGGAUUUGCGCGACUAGAACCAGGACUUUGGGAAAUGGCUAAUACGUUUUCCACCUCUGUAUUAAUGAUUCGAGAAAUACCAAACUUGUGUUUUCUAACACCCAACAUUUCCUUCCUACAGAGAGAGAAGACAGUGUAAAAUGUGAUAUAUUCAAUGCAUACAGAGCGUUAUUACGUCAGACCAGACCUAUUACUUCGGCAUCUUUUGAUCCUGACGCAAUGGACGAAGAAAACAGG